CGAUGGGAUAUACUUAUUGGGCCGAUCUAUAAACCACAGCCGUACAGGCUAACGGUCCAAAUACUUAUACCAAGUUUUUUCUCGGUAAUGUACUGUUAUAUCGUUUCGACAUUCGUGUGUUUGAAGAUGCCGUUCUUGUUUCGUACACGUUGUCGAGCGCCUGAACCUACAGAGGGAAACUCAUAAACAAAUAACUCCUAGAUACGUCUUUAAGGACCUGAAACUAUAUGUCGAUCCCAGGAAAUAUUUUAUAGAUAAUUAGGCACCGGCCAACGCGGCCGAUACUACGAAGAUCAUACACACAUAUUGCAGACCUUUAUCGCAGACCAAAGGGACAUUAACGUCACAUGUCCCGGGUAAGUGCAUAUAUUCUUUUAAAAUUCUUAUGUGUCGAUAAUCUGCAACAUUUAAUAUUGCAGCGCUCGACAUUGAGGAGGGAGGUGGGAGGCCUUCACACUUCUGCUAUAAUGUAGUAUACGUACACCAUAUGGAAGGAAAGUGCUACGUAAUGCAUGUCUUUCGCUGAUUUGACACACGUUUUUCGACGUACUUGGGCUAAAUCUAGGAUGUCGGAAGCCUGUAUGAUCAUGGAAUAUCGCCGUAUUAGAAGAGACACUCACGCAUUUGACUCUUACCUAACGACAUGCAGUUAAUGUUAUCCAUAUAUUAUAUAUAUUCACAAGUAUACGAUGUUCUAUAGCUGGCUCUUCUAAUUCUGGCGCAUGGUAGCCAAAACAUCCUGCCAUGGGGCAGCGCCAACGGCGACUUGAGACCGCGACUCGGCAAGUGUACGUGCGCGUGUGUUUUAGUGUUCUCAUGACUUAGCAGACUAGCUUUCUGCCCGCGGGCACUUUGGCAAGCACCAAGCGAUCGUAGACCCGCAGAAACAUGCGCCCUUGCGGGCCUGUAUAGCAGCUGCACGAGCGAGUAGCUGCUCCUAGUUUGACUACAUAGCAGGCAUCUACCGCAUUCCAUUCUCGAACAUGCCGGCGGCCCACUGGGCUUAUGAAAAAAUGUGUAAUGCGUAUCCGAUUCGCCCUCGUGGUCCCAAAGGGGGCACAAAGCAAUUUCAGUACGAAAAUAGUACGAAGAUCUGUCCCACAUGUGGAAACCGACAUCGUCCGCGUUGAUCUCCUUUCCCGCGGAGUCCGGCAUACUAUAUACACGCUGCCUGUUUGGUGGCACCCCUCGGUAGCCUGGCUCCAGUAUAUAGGGUAGAAACUAUGGAGUUUUUGUUUGUUUGUUUGUUUUAGAGCGCAGCUCUUAGGUGCCUAUUCCUGCGUUUCGCAUCGGCGUCCCUCAGCGUAGCCGAGCAUAGCGAAGGAUGAAAGACCGAACGCGGAGCGCCGCGGUGGAUGAAAGGCGGCGACAGCGAAGAGAGCGCUAGGAGGAGGCUGUAGCGGAACCUGGAGGCGGAAUUAAAGCAGGAGGAGGGCAUGGCGAAAGCGUAAGAAGUAAAGCGUAGUGCCGCGCAAGACGGGCUCUGCGGCGACGACCGCUACGAGAUGACGCCGUCGUCUGUACACCGAUGGCAUGCGGCGAGCGCGUCCACCGAUACCAUAUAUGUGGAAACAAAGCACUGCAUGAGAGGAGGUCUGUCUGCGGCGGCUGCUGUGAAUCGCGCCUACGCUAUAGUACAUGACCUCUAGUAGAAUGCCUACGCGUCACCCACGCGCUGCCUCUCGCGAUCUCCCUAUUAGCGAGGCAGUCGCACCACACUUCGCUCCGUUUGUAAUGUGCUGGACGAGACAGAUUGUCCGCGCCAGCCAAUAUAUCGAGAAAUGAAAACACGUAUAGAGCUGCGCUCAAGUUUCACAUUAGGGAGUAUCGUAAUUGUCGUUUUAUUAAAAUAUAGCUUCCGUGGUAGAAACUUGAGCCGGUUGGUGUAGCGUAGUUUAAGUUAAGAUUCAGAUAAUAACUCGAGCUCUGCUUGAGUUAUCCAAAAUCUCGUACCUGACUCCAAUGCGCCCCUUUACCAAUGGGUAUCGAUAAAGUCUCAUCAUCGUCAACUCUUUCUUAACGGCAUUCGAAACACAUUAUGUUGACGCGAAGUUCGGAGGACGAUGCCGGCAGUUAAAAAAAUGAAAUGUCUCUUUAAGCAAUAUACAAAGGGUGAAUAGAAUCAGAAGCUCCUUUGUCCGGAACUCUUAAGGGUGCUGUUAAGGCCGGGCAGCUGCGUUUCUAAGCCAUAAAUAUCCCGCGAAUGGAGUCGAAGGGCGAUCACGAAAUGAGCUUACUGCUCUUAGUGCGCACGCGUGCCGUGUCAUUUACUGCAUUGACCUCCCUGUAUUUCAUACUCGCUAAAGCCCUCGAUCGAUCGGAUAACGAAACCUCGGCAUUGCUAUACACGAUGAAGACGCCGCCGUCCUGCUUCACGGUCCUGCCGCUGGCGCUCCUACUGCUGCUCGUGCUUCAGGCCUCGCCGUCGGCAGGAGUACCUGCCAUGCGCACACUGGCCGUGCCACAGGCUGAAGGAGGCGAGCACACAACGCCCCCAGCAGGAGGCAGGAAGGGACGGGGCCGCUACGACUACGUCUACGAGUGCGCCAAGUGUGACGACGACUCGACCGACAUCGGCGCCACAGUGUACGCCUACGACGGAUGACGGCCGAAGCGUUGCAGUUGCUUUGUAAGGCAAGGUUAAUAAAGCCUGCAGAAGAACCUA